ACACGGACGCCACAUACCUCCUCUUCACAGCCACGGUGCUUGCUGUGGCUGACAGGAGUACUUGCAUACGGAGUGCGGACCGCGGAGUGUCGUUGUGCGCAUCCCUGGUUAAAUUUUCUCCACAUAGCCAAACCUACAUUGUCCAUUUUCUGACGCAGAAAAGAAGACUGCGUUUGGCGCUCUGUUUCAUUAUACGUGUAUGAGCCCCCCUCACUCCUGGUGUCUCGUCUCUAAAGGAAACUAAAGACAAUUUCGGAAUAAGGCAUCUUACCUGUCUGUGGUAAUGCCAUGUGACAAGGUUUUUCAUCAUUUGAUAUUUCUUUCCCCUCUAACAAAAGUCGCUGGGCUCGUCCCUGUGAUUUGGCAUUAGUGAUACUGGAAGAGGGGCUAAGUGAAGGAAACAAAGCUCCGGGGGAAAAUGGGAGUUUUGGCCGUUGGCUUGGUCCGCUGAGGCUGCUGCUGCUGCUGGUGGCGGUUUGGGGAUUGGUGCAGGGGAAACUGCGUCGCCAGGUCUGAAAGACUGGGAAUCUCUGGUCAUUAUAUCAGGACCUGCUUUUCAAGACAACUAGGUUUUCUCUCACGUUACUGAAUGGCUACAGAUUUAUUCAUUUAAAUGAGCGGCCACAUCCUCCAGACCCUCAAUUCGUCUUAACGCGUCGUUGUUUGGAUGCGGUUUGUUUGCUCUGCGGCUCGGUGUCUUUCCGCUCGCCUAAAAUAUGAUUUAAUGUUAGAAGAUAUUUCAACAGGGUGCCAGUCUGUUACUAUCUGGGAAUCUGUACCGAUCUUCCAAAACAACCCGGAAUCACCCUCCAAUGUAAAGAGAAGAACAUAUUAAUGCACAUAUUACAGGGAAUUUCCUUGACCGCCCCACAGAUGGACUAAAAAGAAGCUUCGGUUCUCGGGAUUUUCACUGUUCACUCUCACUCAAAGCUGUGGUUUUCUCUGUUUUGGGGGGGAAAUAUCUCUGGACAACAUGAAAGUUAUCUCGGCUAUGUUGGUCGUUGCCGUUUUUUGGAGCCAAGAGUGGAAGUCGUCGCUCUCGGAUUCAAUCAUCCACAUCGGUGCCAUCUUUGAUGAAUCAGCACGCAAAGAUGAUGAGGUGUUCCGCCUUGCAGUUGCAGAUCUCAAUUUGAACAAUGAGAUCUUGGAGACAGAGAAGAUCACCAUCUCUGUGGAAUUUGUUGAUGGGAAUAACCCCUUCCAGGCUGUACAAGAAGCCUGUGAGCUGAUGAACCGUGGUAUCCUGGCUCUGGUCAGUUCAAUUGGCUGCAUGUCGGCGGGCAGUCUUCAGACUCUGGCUGAUGCCAUGCACAUCCCCCAUCUCUUUAUCCAGCGCUCCCCAGCGGGAACACCCCGCUCCGCCUGCCCACCCACCAGCCGUGUCCCUGGAACAGAUGACUACACCCUAAUGGUCCGCCCACCUGUCUAUCUCAAUGAGGUCAUCAUGCAAGUGGUUUCUGAGUACAGCUGGCAGAAGUUCAUCCUCUUCUAUGAUUCAGAUUUUGAUAUACGUGGUAUUGAGGAUUUCCUGGACCGUGCCUCUCAGCAGGGAAUGGACAUAUCCCUUCAGAAGGUGGAAUCUAAUAUCAACAUGAUGAUCACAAGUUUGUUCAGAACAAUGCGUGUGGAAGAGCUACAUCGCUACAGGGACACACUACGCAGAGCUGUGCUGUUCAUGAGCCCAGCGACUGCCAAGGCUUUUAUUACUGAGGUGGUGGAGACCAACUUGGUGGCCUUUGAUUGUCACUGGAUCCUGAUUAAUGAGGAGAUCUCAGACUACGAUUUGCAGGAGCUAGUUAUGAAGUCCAUUGGUCGGCUGACACUGGUGCGCCAGACGUUCCCCAUGCCCCAGAACACAACUCAGCGCUGUGUCAAGCACAACCAUAGGAUUAACACUUCCCUCUGUGACCCUAAAAGCCCCAAGGCUCAGCAGCUAGAGAUCACCAACCGCUACAUCUAUGAUACUGUGCUGCUGCUGGCCAAUACCUUCCACAGAAAGUUGGAAGACAGGAAAUGGCACAGCAUGGCCAGUCUGAGCUGCAUAAGGAAGAACUCCAAACCAUGGCAGGGAGGCAAGAGCAUGCUGGAUACAGUCAAAAAGUUCGGAGUGAGUGGCCUCACCAGUUUUCUGGAGUUCACUGACAACGGAACUAACCCCAACAUCUUCUUUGAAAUCCUGGGAACAAAUUAUGGAGAAGACAGGGGACGAGGAAUCAGCAGGCUGGCAACAUGGGACCCAGUUCAUGGCCUGAAUGGCACACUUACAGACAGGAAACUGGAAAAUAACAUGAGAGGAGUGGUGCUACGAGUCGUCACUGUUUUGGAGGAGCCGUUUGUAAUGGUGUCAGAGAAUGUUCUGGGAAAACCAAAGAAGUACCAGGGGUUUUCAAUUGAUGUCCUGGAUGCUCUGUCCAACUACCUGGGCUUUAAGUAUGAGAUCUAUGUUGCUCCAGACCACAAAUAUGGGAGUUUGCAGCCUGACGGUCAGUGGAAUGGACUGAUGGGUGAACUGGUGUUUAAGCGAGCUGAUGUGGGACUUUCUGCCCUGACCAUCACACCUGAGCGAGAGAGCGUUGUGGACUUUACAACUCGCUACAUGGAUUAUUCUGUGGGGGUUCUGUUGCGCAAGGCCGAGCGCACUGUCGACAUGUUUGCCUGCCUGGCACCCUUUGACCUGUCACUCUGGGCGUGCAUCGCGGGCACCGUGCUCCUGGUUGGCAUCUUAGUGUACUUGCUCAACUGGCUCAACCCACCCCGGCUACCCAUGGGAUCUGUGUCCUCAACAACACUGUACAACUCCAUGUGGUUUGUGUAUGGCUCCUUUGUACAACAAGGUGGAGAGGUACCCUACACUACACUAGCUACAAGGAUGAUGAUGGGCGUUUGGUGGAUGUUUGCUUUAAUUGUCAUCUCCUCAUACACCGCCAACCUGGCAGCCUUCCUCACUAUCACACAUAUAGAGAAUUCCAUACAGUCUCUUCAGGACUUAUCCAAGCAGACAGAGCUGCCUUAUGGUACGGUGCUGGACUCUGCAGUAUAUGACCAGGUGCGCUCCAAGGCUAUGAAUCCCUUUGAGAGAGACCCUAUGUACUCCCAGAUGUGGCGGAUGAUUAACCGCACUGGAGGAGGAGAUAAUGUGGAGGAGUCAAAAGAAGGCAUUCGCAAGGUGAAGUAUGGCCGAUUCGGCUUUGUGUGGGAUGCAGCAGUGCUGGAGUACAUUGCUAAUAAUGAUGAAGACUGCUCCUUCUACACCGUCAGCAGCAAUGCACCAGAUCGUGGAUAUGGUAUCGCCAUGCAGCACGGCAGCCCCUACAGGGACAUUUUCUCCCAGAGAAUCUUGGAGCUCCAGCAGAAUGGCGACAUGGAUAUACUGAAACUCAAGUGGUGGCCCAAGGACAGCCCCUGUGACCUCUACAGCUCAGUUCAGACACGGCAGCGUGGCAGCGCCCUGGACAUCCACAGCUUUGCUGGCGUUUUCUGCGUCCUUGCAGCAGGCGUGGUGCUCUCUUGCCUCAUUGCCAUGGUGGAAAGCUGGUGGUCACGAAGGAAGGGAUCCAGGGUCCCCUCCAAGGAGGACGAUAAAGAGAUCGACCUGGAGCACCUACACCGCCGGGUUAACAGCUUGUGCACCGAGGAUGAAAGCCCCCACAAGCAGUUCUCCACCUCUUCCGUCGAUUUAACACCCCUUGACAUGGAUGCGUUGCCUGCUGCACGCCAGGCGCUCGAGCAGAUCAGUGAUUUCCGCAACACCCACAUCACGACCACUACCUUCAUUCCUGAGCAGAUUCAGACCCUCAGCCGCAGCCUCUCUGCCAAAGCCGCUGCUGGAUUUUCCACUGGUUUUGGUAGCGGUGGCGGGGGUGGCCUCCAGGACCACCGAACUGGGGGUGUGGGCCCUUUUAGGCAGAGGGCCCCCAACGGUGGCUUUUUCCGUAGCCCCAUUAAAACAAUGUCCUCUAUCCCUUACCAGCCCACAGGUCCAGGACCCAACUUUGGAUAUGGCAAUGAUCCAGACAGGGGUACCUCCAUAUGAGGAGCUGCUAAGGAUAUGAUUGUUCAGAAGAAAGAGGAGGAGGAACAGAAGGAAGAGUCAAGAUGAUUAGAGUCAGUCACAGGGUGGAAUAACAAAUACAUUAUGGCUAAGCUAAAAAGUCAGAAAAUAGAGAUCUCUGUACAUAUGAACCUUUCUGUUUUCAGUUUCUGCUUGGGUGUUUCCAGGGGUGUAUGUGGAGAAGAUGAAUGAGCUGGAGGUCUGUUGUGGCAUUUCUUAUCCUUUGCACACCAUGAUAUUGAGGUGCAAGAAGGGAAGCGUGUGGGGUGGGGAGUUCACUCUUUAUUGUUGUUGUUCUUGUGAUUGUUUGGGGGAAUAUUUUUGGGCAUAUGUGUGAAAUUGAAUCUUUUUUUUAAUGGGUUUGUUAUAUGACAUGAGGACCGCCUCAUGUAGUGGAAAUUUGUUGAUGCGACCUGAGUCCUAUUACUGUCUGAACCCCAUCUUGAAGGGUUUACUUUAUACUACUCCAGCCACAGGAAAUAUGAUACAUUCACAUGUGCUCCAGGACUGCCACUGAUGAAUGACUGGUGGUGUCUUUAGCCAUGAAACAACUCCAAGGAGCUGAACUACUAGGUAAUUAUGGGUCCGUUAUUUUAUGAAGGCAUAUAUAAGAUAUAGUUUAUACAUGGGAAUGCAUAGAGCAACCCCUUGUAGUUUUGAGAAGGCCCAAUCUCAGUGAAUAUUGGAAGAAUCUACUUCUCCAAUUUUACUUUGCCUUUUCACCAUGUGCGAGUCCACACACUUUCUCUUCUCUGAUGUUGUUUCACCAAUACUUGGGCUUCUAAAUAGGGAAUCAUCCCCAAGAUGGUGUUAACACAUUGGCCUGACUAGACCUAAGACUUUACAGCUGAACACACGCUGGCACCUUCACAGUGCAUCAGUCUAAAAACUGUUGAAAUGCUAUGACAGUGCAACAGUAUGACACUGCAGAAUCGCCUGUUUGGUGUUGAUCUUAAACUGUUUCUGCCAUUUUUGUGCAUCAGCCUCAAACUGUUUUCACCAUUUUGAUGCACAAUAAAGACUGCCAAUCCCACUGCACUGUACCAGUGCCCACAGACCUGUAAGUGAUUGUAUGUACUAGAUCUGACCAUUUCUUUUCUCACCUGUAUUGUGCUAUCUGCUUUUCAAGUUAAGGUGAGAUCCUCUAAUCAGACUCAGAGGGAUAGUAAAACGGGAUUAUACAGAAAACAAUUUAAAGGAAAAAAAAACAUAAAAAAACAUAAAAGGCAAGCCUAAAGACUUCAAAAAGAUGAUGCUUAUUAUAUGUCUUAUGGAAAUUUGUUUUUGAAAAAAAUAGAUUUUAAUACGUGGAAUGUGUUUUGGUCAGGAAGUACAAAAAAAGUAACAUUAUUCUGAGCUGUCUACUUGUUUUUUUUUUUUCUCAGCAAAUUUUGAAUAACUGCUAUAUGAGUGCUGUAGUCUUUGGUUUUGCAUCAUAAAGUCAUUCAAACUUUAACUUUUUUAUUUGCUUUGCUUAAUUUUAGUACUGCCAUAGCCCAGGUGUUUAAAAGAUAAAAGGUCAUUCUGUAAGGCCACGUCAUGUUCGAGUUCAUUACUCAUGCCUUAUCAGGUUCAAGUGGUGAAAUGGAGCCGAUUUUGUGUUGACAAGACGCCAUUAUAGGUACAGGUCUUAUAUGUCGAUUAGUUCGCUUUACCCUUCCAACUUCCACUCAAACCUAAAAUAUCACCAUGUACUAGAAAUGUUCAAGGGAAGCAAAUCAGUGGUUGUGCUUUAAGGUCAUGAGAAUGUCACAAAGAGUCACCAGCCAUUGGAACCCAAUGGCUGCCUUGUAGAAGAUGAAAUAUACUUCUAUUUCAUAUCUGUAACAUUAAGGGUACUGUUUAUAUAACUUGUUUUUUAAAGUGCCAAUUAAUCAAACUGAGACCAUUAUGGUGCAUUUUGGGUUGGGGAAGGUGAACGGUACAUUAAGAUAAUUAAAGGAAUAUUUUAUGGAUUUUGGGUGGUAAAAUGGAACCAAACCCUUUUCACUAACACUGUAUUAAUAAUUGAUAAUGUUAGUUGUUUAGAACAAGUUUUCAGUUUGUUAUCUUUAAGGACUAAAACUGCAAAAUGUUUUGCAUAGAGAAUUCUGUCAGUGUUUUGAAGCAUCUUAGGCAUUCUUUUUUUAUAUUAGGCUACAGUAUGGCUAUUGAUGACAAAUAGGACACAGACAUUUAAAAGGUUUUAUUUAGUACAAAUGAAAGAGACAUUAUAAAAAUAUAUAUUUUAAUGUUGAUGCUAUUUUUGUUUAACAGAAAGAAAAGAAUAUAUCACAAUGAGAUUUAGUGUUGAAUUUAGCGGUGUCAUUACUGCAUUUCUGUUGUCCUGCCAAUGGUCAACAUAAACACACCAUCACAAACUCUUUGCUUUUUUUCAAGUCAUCCUGAGUUCAUUUUAUUAUUUGCUGGCUAAAUAACAAAAAGUGGCAAGUUUAUUAAAAAGAAAGCAUGCACAAACUUGCUCUUGCGCUAUCUGUUAACAUUUUUUAUUUCAUCCAUAGAACUACAGGAUUUACAUGAUAAUUUUCAAAACUCUAUGAUGUACAGUAUUUAAUAUAGGCCUAUUUUGUUGUAUGUGUUGCAUAUUAUUCAAAACUGAACAAACUGGGGCCUCUGUUACAAGUGGCAAAGCUUUCUGUGUAUAAUUUGUCUAAUAAACAG